AUGCCAGACUUCCAAAACGACCUCAUUCUCAUAACCUGCGCCUCUGGCAAACAGUCCACGGCCUUGAUCCCUCACAUCCAGAGAUCCUACAAGAAGAUCCGCUUGCAAUGCAACAGCUCCACUUCCGCGCAAUCACUGCAAGACAGAUAUCCAGACUCUGAGAUCGUCCAAGCAGAUCUCGCAAACAGUGACGACUGCCACCGUAUCUUGAAAGACGUCACCGCCUGUUUUCUGGUCCUCCCGCCUUUCCACCCUCACGAAACGACCCUGGGUGUCAACUUCAUCGACGCAUGCAUUGCCCAAAAAGACAAUGGCGGCCCGCUGGAACAUGUAGUGUAUAGCAGUGUCAUCCACCCUAUCCUCACCAAACUGCUCAACCAUGAUUGCAAGCGCUAUAUCGAAGAAUACCUCAUCGAGUCUGUUGUCAGCUACACAAUCCUGCAGCCAACACACAUGAUGGAAAUGCUGCCCUUGCAUAAACUGAUGCAAGAGGAAAAACCAAUACAUUCUGUGAACUGGAAUCCAGCGACUAGGUUUUCCUUUGUGACGACCAGGGAUAUUGGGGAGGCUGCGGGGAAAGUGUUGAGGGAGAGGGAAAGGCAUGUUGCGGCGACGUAUCAGUUGGUGUCUACGGCUGUGCCUUUGUCUUAUGUAGAGGCUUGUGCUAUUGUCAGUAAGGUGUUGGGGAAAGAGGUCAAGGCUGAGCACAAGGGGUUCGAGGAUGCGGUUGACACGAGUAUCAAGAUGAUCAAUGGAGGUAAAGAGCCGCCGAAAGCGAUGAAAGAGAUCGGGGCGAGGAUGUUCUUGUACUACAAUGAGAGGGGAUUGAUUGGGAAUAGUAAUGUGUUGAGAUGGUUGCUGGAAAGGGAGCCUACUGGGUAUGAGGAGUGGGUUAGAUUGAGGGUCAAGGAGAUCGAAGAUCAGAAGUAG